UAUCAUUGAAGGCUACACAUGAUCACCAAGCUCCGUCUAACAACCCUGAAUUCCUUGGUAAGGCCGGGUGGGUCAAAAAGGCUCCUUGCAGACUGCUGGCUAGCUAUAAAGACAGCUACAUCCAUGUUGAUAAGACUGCUAUUGCUGUAUAUCAAAAUGAGGACCUCAUAAACUGCAUUGAAAGUCUUGACCUACAAAACUAUGAUAAAUGUCAUGAAUUAAAAAGCAGAUUAAUGAGGAAACACAGACUGAUCCUUAUUCGAUCGCCGAAGUCUGGAAAUGAGAUCCGUAAUAUUAAAUUCCAAGUACAGACUGAAGAGGAAAAAGAGGCUUGGAUUCAAGCCCUGAAUGAUGGGAUCAACCGAGCAAAGAACAAAGUGUUGGAUGAGGUUGCAGAGUUGUCAUCUGAAGGCAUGCUGCGCUUGGAUCUUGACCUUUUAAAUGCUGCAGUGCCGAAUGGGACAUAUGAUGCCGAUAGUGAUGACACUGACAUGCCUCGAGACUCUAACAAAUUUGUGCUUCAGUGUAAAUUCGCUGAGGGUGCAGAGAAUCUACUUGCAGAAACCCAGACUGAGUUAAAGGUCUUGAAGCUACCCAUUGAAAGUCCAUCGUCGCUUCCCAGUCACUCAAGCAGCUCCUCGAGUGAACUUGCAGGAAAUUAUCAACUGAAACAUCACACCCACCCUCCAAACCCACCAACCAAAGACAUGAAGCCUUCCUUCGUUCUUUCGGCACCAAACCAAAAGGCCGAACGUCCCCCAGACAGCAAUGAGGACACGCAACAAGAAAAUAAAAAUGAUAUAGCAAGACUACCUCAGAAAAAAUAUCAAACUCUUAUUCAUGUUGGUGAUGGUACAACUACAUGCAUAGAAGGAAUCAUUAUGGAAAAUGACAGGGCAAAAAUCAUUCCACAAAUGCCUGGUUCAAAGAUAAUGAUACCCACAGAAAGAAAGACAGUUUUUCCUCCACUAAGCCCCAACAAAAAACAUUCUCUUUCAUCUAAAUUUAACAUCCAACCUAUAGAAGACGCAACUAAAUCUCAAGAGGAAGAAGAUCAUGCUUCUUGGCUUAAAACAUUGGUUUGUUUUUCUUCCCUCUCCAAUGAUAGUUUGCUGAACGACCCCACCAAUUACAGCCAAAUGUUUUUGCCAACACCACAAGAAAAGAGAAUAAAUUCAGAUAAUGAAUGUGUAGGUUGGGUUCAACAUCUAAAUGCAAAGAGUGCAGUAACUGGACACGAAAACACAUUUAGAAUGUCUAAAACCACAGUUAGUGAUUCAGAUACAGAUGUUCUGAACAUUAGUAGCGAUGGUAAUUUGACGCAGGCAGCAGUCAGUGCUACAACAAAAAAUCAAUCUAAGGGCUCAAUGUGUCGACAAUUUAAGUCUAUGCCUCUGUCAACCAAGAUUAGAUCUGUCUCCUUUGGAGAUCUGCUGUCUGACUCAUCACAUACUAUUUCUUUGCGGUGCCAUUCAGAGGCUUUCAUGAGAAAUGAGGUUGACUUGAUCACACUUGAAAAUGAGUUGACUCUGGAAAUGCAAGAGACAAGCGAGCUAAUGAGCAGUGUGUGCCAGUCCCAUAUGGAAGGAGAAGAAGCAUCCAUACCAGGGAAUCUGCUGAUGAAGGCAAUGGAAAAACUAAAUAAGGCAGAUCAUGUCCUCAAAGAGCUCAAGGAAUUGAAACAUACAAAGACUGAGAGAAAAAAUUCCUGGUGAAUGUCAGUCAAACAAGUAACAGUUUUAAGACCACAUUGCAAUGUAUCCAUCACUUUAGCAUCCUUACUUCUACCACUCUUACACAAAAUAUCUAAUCCAAUCAGGAGAUACAAAAUACUGACAUUGGAACACACAUCCAUCCAUUUUCAUCAGGCAGUAGGCGGGUGACACCCUGAACCGGUUGCCAGCCAAUCGCAGGGAACACAGAGACGACAAUCAUCCACACUCGCACUCGGGGCCAUUUGGAGUGAUCAUUUGGCCUACCAAGCAUGUUUUGGGGAUGUGGGAGGAAACCGGAGUGCCCAAAGAAAACCCACGCAGCCACCAUGCAAACUCCACACAGGGAGGGUUGGAGGUGGAAUUGAACCAGCACCUUCCUAAGUGUUAGGCAGACGUGCUAACCAUUGCGCUACCAAGCCGCUCCUUGGAACACACAGUACCACCAAAUUCAAAUCACACAACGCACCGAAAUGGAUGCAUCCCAAGAGCAUAAUCCAGAGAAGCAAGCUGAACAGUGCUGUAAAGAAUAUGCAGCCAAGUUAAAGUUACACCUUGAGCAAGACGCUGAACCCAAUUUGCUCCCAAUGGGCCUGGCAGCACCUUGCAUUGCACCAGCCUCCCAUCGGUGUAUAUAAAUGUGUGUGUGGAUGAGGCAUUGUAAAAGUGCUUUGGAGACCAUACGGUGUCAAUAAAGCGCAAUAUAAGUGCAGUCCAUUUACCAUUCCACUAUAAUCGUAUUUCCUUUUGUUUCUGUGUGUUUCUUUACGCAACACAAUUUCUUGUAUUUUGAAAGUUAGUAUGUCAAAAAAUGAGCAUACUAAUUUUUCAAUUGUUUAUCAACGUGGUAGAGAUAACACUUUGCUACAAUGUGAAGUACUGUAGUCAGUGUACAGCUUGUGACUGUAAAUUUAAUAUCCUCUCAAACUAAGCCUCCAUUCAGUUUUUUAUGUCAAAACCACAGGCAAAAGAUGCUACUCCAUAUGUUUUCCUUUUUGCCCAAAAUAGGAGAACCAUUAAUUCUAUGUGUGAACGUAAUUACGUUAAUUACAGUUAAUUACUGGUGUCAUGGAAACUUGCAGAUUUUACAUGUACUGUUUGACUUACUCCAGUCAUGCUCCUUAUGUCUCAGUGAAUUGUAAUAAAGUAAAUCUUUGGAUCCUCAA